CGGCGGCGGCGCGCUCGGCGCGCUGCGUGCGGCCGACUCGCCGCCCGCGCCCAGCCUCGGCGCCAGUCGACACAGCCUCAUAGAAAUGAUGACGUGUCGACUGGGAUCGCGGCGGCUGGGCGGUUCGCGUGGCUCGCUACAAGCCGGCACGGCGUGUUCCGCCGCCAGCGAGCUCGACCUUUCCACCCGCUCCAAACGCUCACACAAGGCCAGAUUAAAAUUGCUGGGUGCCAGCGGAGAGGCGCCCCUACUCAGCGGGUGGCGCAGCACACCCCACACGCCUGCUACCCCCGCACCACAUCACUCCCAUAAUCACCUCAACUUACCAAACUGUAACGGCACCGAUGAAAGCGCAAACCUCCGUCGGCGGUCGACGUACACAAGUGGGCGCAUACGCUCGGGUCCAAACUGGUCCUUCGUGUUCGACCCCGCCGGCCGCCUGUGCUACUACUGGUCCAUGGUCGUCUCCCUCGCCUUCCUUUAUAACCUCUGGGUCAUCGUGUAUAGGUUCGCUUUCCAAGAGAUUAACGGGGAGACGCUAAUAGUGUGGUUCUGUUUGGAUUACUUCUCGGACUUCCUUUAUUUGGCGGACAUUUUGUUUCACUUUCGGACGGGGUACUUGGAAGACGGGGUGUUGCAAACGGACGCGGCGAAGCUCAGAGUGCACUACAUGAACUCUACGACAUUCUACAUAGACUGCCUUUGUCUGCUGCCGCUGGACUUCCUAUACCUGUCCAUCGGCUUUAACUCUAUCCUGCGGUCUUUUAGACUCGUGAAAAUAUACCGUUUUUGGGCGUUUAUGGACCGUACAGAGCGGCACACGAACUAUCCUAAUUUGUUUAGAUCGACAAGUUUAAUACAUUAUUUAUUAGUGAUAUUCCAUUGGAACGGGUGCUUGUACCAUAUAAUAUAUAAAAACAAUGGGUUCGGUAGUAAAAACUGGGUGUAUCACGACACGGAGACUGCGGACGUUGUGAAACAGUAUCUGCAGAGUUAUUAUUGGUGCACGCUGGCGCUUACAACGAUAGGUGAUCUACCUCGGCCGCGGAGUAAAGGGGAGUACGUAUACGUCAUAGCGCAACUGAUGUUCGGCCUCAUGCUGUUCGCCACGGUGCUGGGCCACGUCGCCAACAUCGUAACCUCCGUCAGCACAGCCAGGAAAGAGUUUCAAGCAAAACUAGACGGUGUGAAAACGUACAUGAGGAUGCGGCGAGUUCCAACACACUUGCAAGUGAAAGUGAUCAAGUGGUUCGACUAUCUGUGGCUGACGCAGAAGUGUUCCGACGAAGAGAAGGCGGUGUCCUGCCUGCCAGAUAAAUUGAAAGCGGAAAUUGCCAUCAACGUUCAUCUUGACACGUUGAAGAGGGUGGAGAUUUUCCAAAACACUGAAGCUGGAUUCCUAUGCGAGCUCGUGCUGAGACUUCGACCUGUUCUGUUUUCACCUGGAGACUACAUAUGUAGGAAAGGUGAAGUCGGGAAGGAGAUGUACAUAGUCAACCGAGGCAGACUAAUGGUUGUUGGCGACAAUGGAAAGACAGUGUUAGCAACACUCAGGGCUGGUUCUUAUUUUGGCGAAAUUUCCAUUCUGAACAUGGGCACGGCAGGUAAACAACUUGGCAACCGGCGCACAGCAUCGGUACGAUCCGUUGGCUAUUCGGAUCUGUUCGUGCUGAGCAAGAAGGACAUGUGGGACGUGCUCAAGGAGUAUCCAGCCGCCAGGGUCCGCCUCGAAGCCAUAGCAGUCAAGAGACUUGAGAAAUAUAAGAAAAGACCUCAUGAAAGAGUGGCGAUGGGUCGGUGUCAGUCCGCACCGCCGUAUGUGGAGUCGUACGUGAAAGUGGCGCUAGAGGAGAUGCAGCUUCCGCCGGCGCCCAUACCCCCGCCACUGCACUCCUCGCACCCGCCAUCUUACCGGGACCAGCUAUUUAGUUCUUCUGUAAGCCCUCUUCGUGUAGCGUCACCAGUAGUGUCAUGUGCGUCAAGCGUCCGCAGCAGCGCGGCGGGCGGCGGCAGCGUGGCGGCCAGCAGCGUCGCCCCCAGGGUCCAUUUAGAUUCCCACGAUGCUCUAGAAUGCGAGAUCAAACGGUUACGAGAACGACUGUACACAGUCGAAACAGAGAAUGCCGCUAUGUCAGCAGAGUUAAAUCAGCAACGAUGGGAAGUACAUCACAGGUUGCAAGAAAUCGAGAUGCAGAUCUGCGGUGGUAGCUCGUUGAGCUCGCAGGAGGACAACGAGCGGAAUCGAGAGAGCAUCAUUUAACGGCGCGCCUCCCCCUUGUGCGCGGCCGAGCCGCCGCGGCUGCGUCUGCCCGUCUGUUAACACCCUGUGCCCAUUGUAAACAAUCCUAAAGCCCCUCAUAGUGCGCUGCGAACUUCAGUAGUACGUGGACUUUAUCGAAGUGUUUUUAUGAUAAUUAAUAUUUAAAUACGAAUUAACUUUAUCAAAUUUAUAUACAUAUACUUAGUAUAUACGACUCGCUGUAAAUGACGAGUGUUCGUGGAGUGAGAUUUUGCCAAGACAAUAUUAUCUUUAAUGUUGUUUAAGUAUGUGGGGAUGUGAAGUGGAAGUGAGUGACAAGCGGUGAGCCCAAGCCGCGACAUUGGAUCGGCCCUAUAGGGCCACCGUCUUUAAAUUUUUAGCAAUUGUAUGUUGUACAUACUAUGUACGUACAUAAUUGUCUAUGUUAUUAAAUAUAAUUAUGUGUAAAACGGUUAUUACAUAAAGUGUAAGUAAGGUGAAUUGUAUUGUUUAACAUUAUUUCUCAGAUAAUUUUAAUUAUUGAAAAAUUGGUCGUUUUGUGAAGUUUAAUAAAUAUCUUUGAUCUACAAGCCAAAUCUUGUGCCAAAUUAAUUGAAUAUUUACUGAAUUACUAACGGAUUGGAACUAUAUCAUAAUUUAUAAAUUGGAGCUUUAAUUAUUAUAGAAACAUGGAGGAUUUGAUAUGAGAUGGAUUUAUUUUCAAUUAUAUUAAUAAUAAUGUGAUUUUGUUUGGGUUGAAGUUAAAAUUUCAGUUAUCUAUAAAUUCUGUUGAAUAUUCCGUGAACUAUAUAAAUUACGAAAUUAUACAUUGCAUUUCAUAAAAACAGUUGUAGAUACUCUAGUUAAUAAAUGCCUUUUAGUUUUUGAUAUAUAAAUAAAAAAAAACUGAUUUAUUUUUAGUUAAAAUGUAUAAACAACAUUUUGCAAUAUUUGCGAGCGGCCCUUCAAUUAUCAAAAUUUAAAAACAAAAAUAAACAUGCGAUUCCGAAUCGAAUGGACUCCUCAACUAUUUUUAAGAAGGAAAAAAAAUAAUGACCUAAAAGGCACUUGUUAACCAAUGUAUUGACUUUGUUGCAUUAAUUUCAAUCUAAUGUUGUAAUUUGUUACAUAAAACUAUAUGUUAAGGUACGUAGCCUAAAAAGUUUAGUGCAUACAUCGGAUUUAAUAAAUUAAAAUCACUACUGCCAAAAUAAUGUAAGUAGGUAAAAUGUUUUAAUGUAAAAAUAUUAAUCAAAUGACAACAAGUUUUGUACUUAAAUUCUGUAGGUAUAACCCAAAUUAAUUUAUAGGAUGUAUUAUCACAAUUCGUCGACAUACCUAAUAUCGGGGGAGUGAGUAUAUUUGAUGGAUUUUUAUUUAUUUUCUAGUUUCCUUUUCAUUCAAUAUAUGUAAAAGAAAUGGUCGUAACUAAUUUCGAAAUGUACCAAUCGUUUAUUGUGUAAGUAAAUGUAAUGUUAAGGACAUUUGUAAAUACUUACUUACGAUACGUAGAUAUUUGUAAGCUGCUGUUUUUCAAAGGGAAUGGUUUUUUUAAGCCACGAGCUGUAAUAUACGAUGGUCGGGAAGAUGUGGAGGGUCUAUGUUGUGAGAAACAAAUUUUGUUUUAAGUAUAAACUUACGAAAUAAGUGAAACGACCAUAUAAAGUGUAUCGCCACGCUUGAAUAAAAUUAGAUUUAGCGAAUGGAGGUUUUUGUAUUUUGUUGAUGAAUACAUCAUUGGGAAUAAUGAUGAUAUUUAAUUAUUAUAUGUUACUGGCAAUAUUAUUAGCAUUUCCUCAGUAGAAAUGUACAUAAUAUUUUACAUAAACUGCAUAUAUAAAUCUAGUGGUAUCACUAAUUUAAUUGAAAGAAAAUUGAAAUUAAAAAUUAAAUUAUUCAGUUUCGAUUCCCUAACAUAACUACUUUUAUAAAGUGAAACACUUUCAUGAAAAAAAAUAAUACAUCUAUUUGGGUAAGCAAUUGGCAAUUAUAUUAUUUUGUAUACUCUAUUUCAGCUAUGUGAACUAAGAGAAAAGUAAUAGUUAGAUGUAUAAAAUAUGUAUAAAAUUUUUAGUAACUUAAAGAUUUUGAAUCACUUUCGACUAUAAUCGACCAAUUGGUUCUUUUUAAUCUUCUACUUCUAGGAAUACUUUCAAGACAGCUCAAGACUUUCAAGAAGGCAGCGCCACAGAGGUGGUUUUGAAGUGAUUACUUCUUAUGGGAGUUUAAACCGAUUCGUAACGUAACGCGUUACGGCACUACUAUGUCUGGCUACCGUUUCUCUCACACAUGCGGCAGCAAGUUUAAAUUGUUACUUCUGUCGAACGUCCUGAUGUUUUGUGAUGCAUCGUUUUGUAAUUACUAUUAUUGUAGUAUAGUACGAGUAAAUAUUGCCAGUAACAUUUCAUACGUUGAUAUACAAUAUUAUCGUUAAUUCUCAUUUCAUUGCAAGCGUGGCCAAAAAUGUACCAAAUGUUUCUCAAAUAGUUUAUAAAAAAAUCCAUUAUAACGAUGCCAUCAGCGAAAUUAUAUAUAAUUAGUGAAUUCAUAGUUUAAUCAAAGGCUUCAUUUCCUAACUCACCCAGAUUAUAAUAGAUAGGAUACAAUUUUUAAAAUGUAAAUAGAAAAUUUAUUUAUUGUUAUUAUAUUCCAUAAAAUUUUUUCUUCUUAUAUUUCUCGAUUAUAAAUUGGUAAGAUGCGUUAUGCGAUUGAAUACGAGGAGUGCUUAUCAUGUAAAGUUAGUAUUUAUAGCCGUGGAUGUACGGAGAAUAGGUGGUAUUUUUUUUGUGAAAUUCGUGGAAAAUAUCUGUGAACCACAAAAAUCGUAGAUAGAGAAGUAAAUACAUGGUUGGAUAUUUUUAUUAAUUUACAUACACUCGUUUUAUCCGAAUCUGCAUCUGCAAUGCAUUAAAUACAAUAUAAAAUAUAAUAAUUGAAGCACGUACGUUUUUUUUCAAACGGAUCCAAUUCCGUGCGUAAGUGAUGAAUAUACAUUCCGAAUGAGAAAAAACGUCUGCGGUAGUCUCAUUGAAUUAAAAAUCUAAAUAGCGCAUUCGAAAAACGAGCGUAUGCGGCCGCCCUAAUAACAGGACAACCUAUGCAGAUAUUCAGUAAAUAAAUUAGACAAAGCGAUUUUAUUUUCGGUGUAUGCAAACCGUGCACAACGAUGGUCCAAACUAGAAUGAACUUAAUUUGAGCUAAUACCUGUUCCAAACUAUAAGUAACUCGUUAGCUAAAUGUUUUAGUUAAAAACUGUUUGGUGUUAUUGUGAUGUCACGUCAAUCACUUGUCUAUUGAUUUCUUUGUCUACGACAAAAAUAGUUUGCUGCCGCUUCUUACCUCUGGUUUGCCUGGCCCACCUUGCCACAUAAACCGACACAUAUCUAGAAUAUAAUUAUAUGUACAAUAAUAAAUGUAUAUAUUUAUUAAUAAUAAUUUAUUAUUAAAUUCACAGAUAUUUUUGGCAGAUUUUACACAAUCAUUACUAAUUCGAAAUUAAUUUAAUUAAGUGUAAACAUGAUUAUUGUUUAUUAUUAAUCUUUACAAUUAAAUUGAGUUUUAUUAGCGGCGAAGUAUUUAAAAGAUGGCGGUAAUGUGAUUCAGUAGUAUUUCGCAGUUAUCAGGCUUGUGGAACUAAAAUUGGGAAUUCAUUAUGUAUGCACUCUAUUCAUUUUAUUGUUAAUAAAAAGAUUACCA